UCAAUGAGGUGUGUACAUGAUGAGGCUUGUAAACAAUGAGAUGUGUAAACUAAGAAGAGUGCAAAUGAUCUAGUGUGUAAAUAAUAUGACAUGUAAACGAUGUGGUGUGUAAACAAUGAAGUGUGUAAAUUAAGAUGAGUGUAAACAAUGAGGCAUGUAAAUGAUGUGGAGAACGUUGCAUUGCGGCAAUCGGUGGCAGAACUCGCUGGAAGGUUCAAGGCCUCAGCUCCGCCCCCUGAUGCUGCUGGGAACAAAGCGGAUACGCCGCUCCGGCGACGGCCACCUCGCUCCUUAGAGCUUCCUGAAAUCCACAGAGAUGUUCAGCAGUCUUCAGGUGUCACCACGACUCUUCCCACCAAAGCCAAAAGGAACUCAGCACUUAUAGAGAAGCUUCAGGCCAAUCUUGCUCUCUCUCCCUCGGCCCUGAUCCCUUCUCCAAAGAGUCCUGGCUUCAGGACACCAUUGCCAUCGACCAUCGCCAUGGUAACCACCUCAUCCUCCACAGUCCCUGCUAGUCCUGUGAGUCUCAUCACUGCUGUCCCACUGACGAUGGAGGAGAGUCCCACCUCCUUUGAAGCCCCGCCCACUGCAGUGGAGGGAUCCAUACUGUCCAACAUGAACAAGGGACGAGCCCGUCUCUCAGUCCGGCGACGGCCCCCAUCCCGCCACCACAGGAAGUCCAGCAGCGGAGAUGACGUAGGUGUGGACAAUGAUGAAACAGACAUGCCCCCAUGCUCACCUGCAAAACCUGACAGCAAAGUGGAAGGAGGAGGCGCAGAGGAGGACGGAGACGAAGACAUUUUUAUUUCAAACGGGUUCUUGCGCCUCAAAUCAAAGAUGGAAAAAGACAAACCAGAGGAAGAAGACCAAUCAAAGGCCAACGUCCAACCACCAGGAGGCGCAGAGGAGAUGGAGUCUUCAUUAGUCCAAACCCAAGAGGACGAUCCGGGUCCAACAGUAACAGGUCCAACUGAGGACAUGACAAACAAACUGAGGAGCUGAAAUGUCUGAAUUCAGCCCGAUCAGCAGAGGGCGCUGUGGUGUUAAAGUUCCUCAACACAUCAUUUACCAUCUUCACUCUUGUUUUUGUUUAUUUAUGUCCAUUA